AUGUCAUAAGUUGAUAUGCAAUUUAAGGCCAAUAAGACAAAAUAAAAAUUGAAAUAAAUGCUUAAAAACAUUGACUAAGAAAAGAACGGUUAUGUAAAAGAUGAUCUAUUUUACUAAUUAUUAACAUUACAUGGCAUUGAUCUUUCUUAAGAAGCUAGAACAGUUAUAAACAGUAGUUAUAAGAAGAAAGAUAAGAUUAAUUAUCAAGAUGCACUUACAGUUAUUGGGAUAGAUCAAGAAACAGCAGCAGCUUAAGUAGAGAAUUGGAUAGUAAGAACUAAUGGUAAUGACAAUAAAAAUGAAACUAGAAGUAAUGCUGGAUCAGUAAUGUCAAGGGCGAAAAGCAUGGCUUCUAAAAGAUCUGUACUAGGUGGAUCACUGAAUAGAAAUGGUGAUUCAAAAUCUAAAAAUAAUGAUUUAUCACUAGUCCUAAACAAUGUUAAAGAAAUUACCUAUAAUUUAAAGAAUGAAGUCAUAAAAGAAGAGCCAAUAAUUAUGGAGAGAUAAUCUUAGCUAGACCUAUUAGAAACACAAUCUAGAGCUUAAAAGAAUGAGUUGCAGAGAUAAGGCUCAGAUAUUUAGAUGUCUAAGAAGCAAGAGCUACGUAAGUUUUAAUAUCUUAAUAAGCAUUAUGUAGCAACUUAUUUGAAACAGCUAUUGAAGGAUAGAGAUUCAGCCGAGCAGGUGAUUUAAGUAGUCACUCAGCUUUACAAAAAAGGAGUUGAUUCAAGAUAAAUGGCCUAUCUUAAACAAGGUUUUGUUAAAUAAGACCCAUCUAAUACAGGUUAAAUGAAAGGAUUAGAAUUUAGGAAGAUUCUAAAAACAAUAAUCAAAAAUAGUAGUGAUGAAAAUGAGACAUUUGAAAUCAUUGUAAAUUAUGUGAAAUUAGGGGAGAGCGAGAAGGAUAAAGAAGUUAUUUCUUUUGAGAAACUUAACACAUUAAUAGAAGUUUACUAGUUUUAUCCACUGAUUAAUAUGUCGAAAGACAAAGUAUCACAAUACUUAGAGAAUUUGUUGGAAUUUAUAUGGACAAAAAUUUCUGAAAAAUAUGUUGCAAUAGCCCAAGCAUUUAGAUUCUUUGAUCUUCAGAAUGCAGUAGAGCAUAUGAAGAUAAAAAUUGCUGCAUCUGAUCUCUAAUAAGUGUUUGACUAUCUUGAUUAAAACUAAGACGGAUACAUUAACUAUCACGAAUUUUGCAAUCUAUGCGAGGAAAAAAGAAGGAAUAUAGAUCCUUUUGAUAGAUAAGAAGCACUUUAACAGAUGAGCAAGAAUUAUCAAUCUCAAAAGAAUAAUAUUCUUAAUAUGACAAUAGAUUAAUAAGAGUAAGAAUAGUUGGAGAGACUAUCUAAUGCAAGCUAAUACUAUCAAGGCUUCAAGAGCUAAAAACUAAAGAAUGCAUUGAAAUUGCCUAAACAUGUGAGCUAGAACUAGUCAUUUGGUAUAGGUACUCUUCCUUCUGAUAACAUGAAUAAGAUCAUGACUCAUGAGUUUGAGAAAGAGUACGUCUCUACUGUUUAGUAAAGACUUGAUUUAGAAAAAGAAAAAUAUUAAAUUAUAAAAGCGUAAAAGAGAGGAUAACACACAAAAGCUAGCAAAAUUAGACUUGAAUUUCAAUAGAACAAGAAAUUGAAUAAUUCAACAAUCGAUGUAAAGCUUUUAGCAUCAAAAGGAAAAGAUGAUGAGAACAAACUACCUGCUUUGAAACUUAGAAACACUGGAGAUGAUGAGAUCAUGAAACUUAUAAAGAGAAACCAAACUCAAAAUAAGGAUAAAUUCGUUGCAAGAGAAAUUGGAAAUAACUAGACAGAAUAAUUACCAACAUAAUCUAAUGCAUCUUAAUAGAUCAUAACGAAUGCUGUAUAUAAUUACGAUGAUGUAAAGGAGUAGAGCCUAUAAUUCGCUAAAAAAGAAGAUAAAAACGAUUUACUAAGUCAAUACUUCAGCCAAAAAAGAUCAAUGAAAAAUAAAUUGUGA